AUGACAGCGGGAACUGUUGUCAUAACUGGAGGAAUACUGGCCACAGUGAUACUUCUGUGUAUCAUAGCCGUGCUCUGCUAUUGUAGACUCCAGUACUAUUGCUGUAAGAAGAAUGGCUCUGACAGUGGCUCCAUCUCUCAGCAACACUUUGCCUGCAACGCCUGCAGUCUCUCUGGCCUGGACGGGCCGAUCAUCACUCCGCUGUCUCUGUCGCCUCCAGAGCCGCCCAAAUCCUCCAAUCCCACCAAGCCCGCCGCCGCCAGCCGCCGGAGCUACUGCCCCAGCUGCUCGCCUUAUGACUCGCCCUUCUACAUCCACACGGCGGAUGAGAUGCGCAACGGCGGCGAGCGCGUCAGCUACAUGCCCACGCACUACGACAACCAGGCGCUGGCCAUGCCGCUGCCUGCCGUCCGAGGCCCCCCGCUGAGAGACUCUCAGCGGGGCCGGCCCCCUGAUUUCUACACCAACACCCGGGCCAUCAGCACCGAGGUGUGA